UGCUGCUGAUACUGGCACUGCUACUACAACUUGUAAUACUAUUACAAAUGCUGAUACUACUUCUACGACUAACAGCUGUUUAUACUACUACUGCUGCUUGUACUUUUAGUAUUACUACUACUGCUUGUACAACUAUACUACAGCUACUAUUAAUCGUCUGGUAUUUGGUUGUCAAGCUGCUAGCUCGCCUUAGUGUUUUGCUAGUGGCUAACUAGUUAGCUCUCAUAGACUUGAAGCUCUCAACAAGAUUUCAUAAUGAAAAAAGAGCCAAAAACUAUUCUUACCUAUGAAAAGUCAUUCCAAGUUUCCUUGUGUCAAUCGUACGACGCAGUGUGUAAUUGUAUGCAGCACAGUGAGACGGCAUACUUCUUGUUUCCGUUUUCACGCCGUCUACAUCAACUGAAUGCACUGAAACUUUACCCCCACUAGCUUAGCCUCGUUGUAGCACGCAGCUCAAAGGGGCGUGUCCUAUCUACUCAUUCAUAUCUAUGAGAACAACGCUGGCUGCACAUAAGGACGCGUGACGUUGAUUAGCUGCGUAAAUACCAUUAUAUACAGUCUAUGGUAAAUACGUAUGUGAAUCGCAUCAUUGGCUGCAGCAGCCAGUCACCGGUCACUCACUGACUCACAUUGAAAAAUAGCACAGAAUGAAUUGUUACGUGUUUAUUUUUAUUUACAAUUUAGGUUGGAUUUUUUUUUGAUUUUCUGGAGACCGUGUCAGCAGUGCGCAAUUGCGCACGCGCGCAGUUUAGAGGGAACAGUGCUCACAUGGCACAGAUGUUGCUGGCAUGUGGAGAUAUUUUUUGGCCAUCCUGAAGAGGUUUGGAUACAGUUUGACGUGAUGCCCAGUAGGUGAAUGGGUCUUCUCUGGAGAGGUAGGGCUCAGGUAGACACCUUGCACUCUCACAACACACUCUUUCAACCACUCAGACUACUCUAUGUACCUAUCUAUAACCUAUAACCUAUUCUGCUAUAUGUCUAGUGUGUUUCUAUGAAUGAAUGAAUGUGUGUUGUGUAUGUGUGAAUCUAUGUGUAUGUAUCUAUGAGUCUUAUUUAGUGAAUGAAAUGUAACUAAAUCUAUCUAAACUUAAUUCUACCUAAAUGUGUUCACUCUCUUUACUUCUUUCCAAAUGGCAAAUGUACUAGCGUAAUCUCCUCUCAAAAACCCACAGUUUGAGGAGUGAAUCAGACCCCUUUUAAGACCUGGACAGAUAGAAAUGUCCAACCCCUUCAUAAUUCCCGCGAAGCACCGCCAUAUACAGUCUAUGAGCACCGCAACACACGCGGUCUUGUAACGAGCCCUCGCUCUCAGUAGUCACGUGAUUGUUGGGCAUGCCGAAGCAGGGAUCCAAACACUGUCUCGGAACACUUUCGAGUCAAAAGCUCGGCACUGUGUUGAGGAAACGGGCUCGAGCGUAACAUCACUACCGAUUUGGCAUUAGCUAAGAACCGAUUGUUCAGCUUCUCAGAGUAGCUCUUCUUAGCCACUCUGGUCUGUUUGUUCAGCGCAUUUCUGGCCUUAAACAGGUACAUGGAUUAUUUGAAAUUUGAUAGGUGGGACGUAAAAUGUUCUCCAAUUAUAGAAUGACCCAGAUGUUGAUUUGGUUGCAGAUAUACUUAGAAACCCGUUUUCAAGGCGGACUUUCCAAGAAAAGCUAGACAUUGUGGAAAGGCCGGACAAAAAAAAUUGUGGAAACAGGUGGCAUUUCUAAAUAUAAAGGACGCAUAAUGCAGUAAGACUCUCAAGCAUUCUGUAUUUGUCUCAAAUAUUUAGUCUCCUGUAGAUGAACUCAUUUAAUAUUAUAUCUAUGCCAUACUGCAGUGCAACUUUACAUUAGUUUGUCUGUUUUGUCUUUAGGCUGCAGCCAGCACAGUAAUAGAGGAACAUUUUGCACUUAUUGCACAACUGUGUUUAAUUUACAGCUGAAGUUUUUAGUCAGUGCAGAUUAAAAUUUUACACUUUACAGGUUAUUCAUUUAGAAAAUACAAUGAGCUGCACAGUUCAUAAAAUAGAUAAAAGGCUACCUACUGCAAUAAAAUGCAUCCUUACACAUUAUGCAUUCAGAAGAAUAAUUUCAUAAGAUGAUAUGUAUUAAUUAAGGGGAUAUUCUGCUGCAUAUUUAGGGUUUUAUUUGUAUAGAUUGGGAUAGAAGGGAUUUGUGUGUCACCACUGCAACUGGUUGCUCUUGUCUGGACAAGACACAAUAACUACCGGUAUCUAAACUGUAAAUGCUUGACUUUGAUAUGACAUUGAUAAGUAUGGGCUAGUUUCCAGUGACUGUUACAUAUUACCACAAAGACAAGUUCUCUGACCGACGUGGGGCUUUGUGGUCCUUGGACUGUGCAGCCAGUGUCAUGUAAGGCUACUAGUUGUGGAUUAACUCUGAGAAGCAGUCAUAACAAAGGUUGUCUUUCAGCAGCCGAGAAGCAUUCGACUCCAGUUUACCUCCGGUGUGAGACGCAGGAUGAAAACCGUCAGGGUUGCAGUGGUUGGGGCUGGCGUGGUUGGAUUCUCCACGGCCAUCUGCAUCGCUGAGGCUCUUCCCAUCUGCUCCGUUACUCUGCUGGCCGAGAAGUUCAGCCCGGACACCACCAGUGAUGUAGCUGCUGGGAUGGUGCUCGCUGAAGUAUUUCCAGAUAUCCCCCUGGAAAGACAAAGACGCUGGUUCAAGAACGGCUUUGAUCACCUUUUGGAUAUUGCUCAAUCUGAACAUGCACCAGAAGCUGGAGUAAUGCUGAGCUCUGGCUGCCAGAUUUUCAAAGAGGUUCCAGCUGAGAUGAAGCCCUUCUGGUCAGACACUGUGAUUGGCUUUCGGAACAUGACUGAUCGUGAACUGAAACGUUUUCCAAAUCACAAGUUCGGCCAGGCGUUCACUACCCUAAAAUGCGAGUGCUCCACCUACCUGCCAUGGCUCCAGAAGAGAUUCAGGAAAGCUGGAGGCCGAGUGGAGCAGAGGAAAGUCAACAGUCUCCACGAAUUAAGCAACAACUUUGACAUCAUUGUCAACUGCACUGGUGUGGGCUCCAGAACACUGGUGGGUGACAACCAAGUGCACCCAAUCAGAGGCCAGGUCUUGAAAAUGGAGGCCCCCUGGCUGAAGCACUUCAUCAGGGACGGAGAUGGGAUGUCCUACAUCUACCCCGGCAUCCACAGCGUCACUGUAGGCGGGACGAGGCAGGUGGGCGACUCGAGGCUGCAGGCGGACGAAGGAGAUUCCAAAAGCAUCCUGGAGCGCUGCAGCAAACUGGAGCCGUCGCUGAGGAGAGCUAAAGUUCUCCACAAGCCGGUUGGUCUGAGGCCCGGCAGGAGGAGCCCGAGGGUGGAGAAGGAGCUGGUGGAGCUGAAGGGCCGCCAGGUGCCUGUAGUCCACAACUAUGGCCACGGAGGCUGGGGAGUCUCGUUCGCCUGGGGGACCGCCCUGGACGCUCUGGGACUGGUCAGGCAGUGUCUUCAUGAAAUGCCUCUUCAAGCUAAACUGUGAAGCAGUUCUGCCACUAAUUCAUGUUAACACUCAGGGCCAAUAACACUUGAAUUAAAGUCACAACACACAGAUAGACAACAUAUCCACAAAUCAACUUGAUAAAAUGCACAGAAGUAAGAUUUUUUUUAUCAUAGAUUUAACAGUUAACAGUGUUUAAAAAGAAAAUGAUAUAUGAAAAAAUACUAAUUUAAAGUGGUGAGUAUUUUUUACACACAUCAAAUCACUGCCUUUUUAAUUGCUAAUAACAUUUACUUUUAUGUACUCUGAACUUAAGAAAAUGAACGUUCAUAGAUGAGACUAGAACAGAGAUUAACAGCCUUGUGCACAUUUUUACAAUGUAUAUGUAAAAGAAAGUUUAUUAAUAAAUUUAACCAACAGGAAGAAACAUAAAUUACUGUAAAGAAAUUAUUUGAAUUUAAUCGUGGGAAGCUGCUGUGAAAUAAACACCUCAUUGUUAAAUGUAAUGACUAUGGUUGCUGGACUUUCUGUCAACACUUCUUACUGUUUAUCAAAUACGCUAGUAUAUUUUCCAGUGAUUUUUGUGUCUCAUCUGUUUUUUGUCUGAUUUGUCAUUUUAAUCAUAAAGUAAAAUACUAUAUUGUUGAGUUA